UGGUGUAGCCAGCCUGCAGAGCCCUCGGCCAUGGCAGCCCUGGCAGCCGGUGUAUCCAAGCGGCGGGCUGUUGCCCAAGGUCUUGGCUCCAGCCAGAAUGCCGUGAAGUACCUGGAUCAGGACUUUGAGACCCUGAGGCAACAGUGCCUGGACUCAGGGGUCCUAUUUAAGGACCCAGAGUUCCCAGCCUGUCCAUCUGCUUUGGGAUACAAGGAACUGGGCCCGCACUCCCCCCAAACCCAAGGAAUCAUCUGGAAACGGCCCACGGAGUUGUGUCGCAGGCCCCAGUUCAUCGUGGGCGGAGCCACACGUACAGACAUUUGCCAGGGUGGUCUGGGUGACUGCUGGCUUCUGGCGGCCAUUGCCUCCCUGACCCUGAAUGAAAAGCUGCUUUACCGCGUUGUUCCCAAGGAUCAGAGCUUCCAGAAGAACUACGCAGGCAUCUUUCACUUCCAGUUCUGGCAAUAUGGAGAGUGGGUGGAAGUGGUCAUCGAUGACCGGCUGCCAACCAGGGACGGGCAGCUGCUCUUCCUGCACUCUGCAGAAGGCAGUGAGUUUUGGAGCGCCUUGUUAGAGAAAGCCUAUGCCAAGCUCAAUGGGUCCUAUGAGGCUCUCACUGGAGGGUCCACAGUGGAAGGGUUUGAGGAUUUCACGGGUGGCAUCUCUGAGUUUUAUGACCUGAAGGAUCCACCAGCCAACCUGUAUCAGAUCGUCCGGAAGGCCCUGCGCAAGGGGUCUCUGCUGGGCUGCUCCAUUGACAUCUCCAAUGCAGCUGAGACUGAAGCCAUCACCAGCCAGAAGCUAGUUAAGAGUCACGCAUACUCUGUCACUGGCGUUGAAGAGGUGCAUUUCCAUGGCCGCCUAGAGAAGCUGAUCAGACUCCGGAACCCAUGGGGCGAAGUGGAGUGGUCGGGAGCCUGGAGCGAUGAUGCACCUGAGUGGAAUGACAUCGACCCCAGGCAGAAGGAAGAGCUCGACAAGAAAGCAGAGGAUGGGGAGUUCUGGAUGUCAUUUUCGGACUUCCUGAGACAGUUCUCUCGCUUGGAGAUCUGCAACCUGUCCCCAGACUCCCUGAGCAGCGAGGAAGUGCACAAAUGGAACCUGGUCCUGUUCAAUGGCCGCUGGAUGCGGGGCUCUACCGCCGGGGGCUGCCAGAACUACCCAGACUCCUCCUAGGCUGAACUCACGCCUGAUGAAGAAACUGACAAAACCAGCUCACCUGGCUAAGGCGCAGUGAAGGAAGGCAGGCCCCUCUCUCCGCACCCAGUCCUGUGCUCCAGCUGGCCGGUUUGCUGCUGAUCUUUGUUGAUUGAUGUUGAUUGACGUAGUCCCUCAGCACAGGGGCGAGGCCAGCCAUGUGAUCAGUGGAGCUCGUGGUCGAGUUGUGCUCACUGCUGUGGAAGCUGCCUUAACCCAAUGUCCCACAUGGGAGUGGUGUUUGACACAGCAGUUAAUGCACUGUUUGGGGUGCCCGCAUCCCAGAUGGGAGUGCUCAGGUUUGAGACCUGGAUUCUGUCCUGAAUUCCAGCUUUCUGUUAAGGUGCAUCCUGGAAGGCAGCAGAUAAUGGCCCAAGUCUUUGGGUCCCUACUACCUAUGGGAGACGUGGAUGGAGUUUCUAGAUUAUGGCUUUGGCUUGGCCCCGCCCCGGCUGUUGUGGAUAUUUGAGGGAGUGAAAUAGUGGGUAGAAGAUCUCUGUCUCUGUCUCUUUUAAAUGAAAAUGAAAAUAAACACAAAUUAAAAACAAUGAAGUCGCAGGUGGUUACAAUUGUGCUCUUGGCAGUCUCUCCUGCUGUGUUCUCCGUCCCUCCACAGCUCCCCUUUCUGGCCAGUGGCUGGCUGGCAUCCUGUACCUGGGGCUCAGUGUAACAGCUGUGGGGCCCAGGGUCAGCAACUUUGUCUUGAUGUCCUCAUUCCCUGAUAGCACCAGCAUCUGUGGGGUGUGCCUUUCCUGGACUGCAUUCUCUUGAUCCUCAAAAUGGGGUAGUAACUUCUGCCUUCCAAGCAGUUGUGAUGAGCCGGGAUGAGCUGGCAAGCAUCUGUUCUACUAUGCAGCAUGAUACAAAUGGAGUUGUUUUUCUUUUCUUUUUUUUUCAAUGGCCCAUUCUCUAUCUCCAGUACUAUUAACGAGUGAACAAAAAAGUAUAGGGAUUGCUGUAAUGUUACAUUGGGGAGAAGUUAAAAUCUGCUCACCAUGAGCAAGCUCUUAGAAAAAGGCUUAACAAAUCUCCUGGAUUGUUCUGGGAGCUCAGAACACCAUGGGCACCCAGGCUCAGGACCAUUCGUGUGGCUACUCUGUCAGCAAGAAAUGGAUUGGCCCAAUCCUUGAAAAUGAUGUGAAGAUGGAAAGCUAUAUAGUCUUCUCUGUCUCCUCUGGGAUCUGUAGAUAUUUGGUUUUAAAAUCUAUGCACUUGCACCUUUUAAAAAAAGAAACCCUGGGAAGUGGAGACUGCCUUGUUGGUGCUCACAGGGAAUCCAUACUGAGAGGAUGUUAGAACAGGCCUGCCUGCUCCUGUUUCCUCUCAUCCUCUCUGCCCAGAGACCCUCUCCUAUGAUGCUCAACCCUGUCGCAGAACCACAGUGUGCCCUGAUACAAACAUUUGGGGUCUCUGCAUCCUGGCAUGGUCAUUAUGUUGAAAUGGAGUCUUUUAAACUACCUGUGGGUGGGGUGCCAGCAGCAAGUCCUGAUGGCCAGGUGUGAUUCCUCAUGCAUCAUUACCUGGCUUGCUGGGUGUCGGGGGCAUGUCUUAUGGGUGGGCUGUGGCACGAUCGCCAUUCAUGAGACCGCCCCCCCACCCAGGCUCAUGGGUGGAGGAUUGGAUGCUAACACUGCUUUAGGUUGUGACCUGGAGCUAAGACUCUUGCAGAAGAAGCACCCAGACUAAUCAGGUGGCCACAGCCUGGCAGUUCCAUCAUUGCACAUUGGAACCCUGUUCUGGUCUGUCUCAGGGAUACACAUUUUACCCAAAAUGUCUCCCUUCCUUCAAGAGGUGGGUUUGUAUUUACAUACCUGAGCUGAACACAAGGAGAUAUAAAUGGUCCCCAGUGGGAGUUGGAGGUUACUUCUCAGUGUAACCCUGGGCAGGCAUGGGAUGGUGGGCUCUUGGGCAUUCCCGGUGGAACAUAUGCUGGCUCUUGGUAGGUUACAUGUCCAAAUGCAAUCCUUUGUGAAUGCAAAGGAUGUGUCUGGUGCCCAGAAGUGGGCGUUGGAUGGAGGAGGCCACAUCUCCCCCUGGUGGAGGGUACUUCCUCUGCCCGCUUAACCUGAGUUGAACUUCCAUUGAGAUGACACAGGUUCUCCCCUUUCAUUUUCUUCUCCCCCAUCUCCAACCCCCAUGGGGAGUGGCACCACUUCUGGUGACUUCCAGCCACUUAUUGGACCAAUCCCCAGUUCAAGAUCCAUUUGGACGAAGCGGAUGAGGAGCAGGAGGGCAGCGGCGAGCCCUGCUGCACAGUGCUG